GUGACAGCGACAGACGCGGACAGUGGUUCCUUCGGCUCCAUCAGCUACUCUCUGGGGUCAGGCAUUAACAGUGCUGUCCCCUCCCAGUUCUCUGUAGGGAAGGAGACAGGACAGAUCUGUACCAACGUGGCUCUGGACAGGGACCAGGGACCAACCAGCUACGACUUUACUGUCACCGCCGUGGACGGGGUGAGUCUCCGCACCUCUCCUACUGUAUCUCUCCACCCUCCUGAUCUCUCCUUCCCUCUGCCUUCCCUCUGCCUUCCCUCUGCCUUCCCUCUGCACUCUUCCCUCCAUUUACCCCCACUAACCAUCUCUCCCUCCACCUUUAUCAACCUCUCCCUAACAAGUCCAGCAGUGGACAGGGUGAGUGUAUGCCCUCUUCUAACUCUCCUCCUUUCUUCUCCCUCCCUCCAUAUCUCUCCACCCUCCUCUCUCUCUAGACCCACUUCGUGGCUAUCUCUUUAUCCUCAUCCAAUGUCUACAUCCCAAAUUGCACCCUAUUCCCUAUAUAGUCAAUUCCUUUUGACCAGAGCCCUAUGGGAAUAGAGUGACAUUUGGCACAAAGUCUAAUCUCUCCUUGUGAGUACAUUAAACCCCUGACAGUGAUCUCUUAAAGCAGUGUUUUUCCCAGUGUUUAUCAUAGCAGGGUUAAAAUAAGAAAAACUCCAGCACACUGGUAAUAUUGAUGCUUCCAACAAUUGAAUGGAUCUUUUUAACCAACAUUUCACAGCAGGGUUCACAGCAGACAUAUAGCUAGCAGAACCCUGGCUAUUAGACGCAGCUAUAGAGACAGAUCCAGGAUAGCUAGUAGAGAGGGUAGCAGCUCCCCAGCCAGGCAGAGCAGAACACGGCAGAGCAGCAAGUCUUUCAUUAGUGCAGCCAAAUAAAAGAGUCUGAAUGAGGCUCCCUGGCAGGGCUAUGCUUUGAAUGAAUCUCCCUGGCAGGGCUGUGCUGUGAAUGAGUUUCCCUGGCAGGGCUGUGCUGUGAAUGAGUCUCCCUGGCAGGGCUGUGCUGUGAAUGAGUCUCCCUGGCAGGGCUGUGCUGUGAAUGAGUUUCCCUGGCAGGGUUGUGCUGUGAAUUAGUCUCCCUGGCAGGGCUGUGCUGUGAAUAAGUUUCCCUGGCAGGGCUGUGCUGUAAAUACGUUUCUCUGGCAGGGCUGUGCUGUGAAUGAGUCUCCCUGGCAAGGCUGUGCUGUGAAUGAGUUUCCCUGGUAGGGCUGUGCUGAGAAUGAGUCUCCCUGGCAGGGCUGUGCUGUGAAUGAGUUUUCCUGGCAGGGCUGUGCUGUGAAUGAGUUUUCCUGGUACGGCUGUGCUGAGAUAUCAUCCUGUAGCACCACACACCAAAUCAUACUUGAAUGUAAAAGGGUAGAAAUGAAAGGAAAUCACUGCAGUCAUGGUAAAACAAUCAGAGAAGAGAGGAGAGAGAGAGAGAAAAAGAAGCCUCAAACGUCAGACAGACAGGGCAGGCAGCAGCAAUAUAUAUAUAUAUCUUAUUAAUUUUUCAUGAUAUCCAAUUGGUAGUUACAGUCUUGUCCCAUCGCUGCAACUCCCGUACGGACUCGGGAGAGGCGAAGGUCGAGAGCCAUGCGUCCUCCGAAACACGACCCUGCCAAGCCACACUGCUUCUUGACACACUGCUCGCUUAACCCGGAAGCCAGCCACACCAAUGUGUCGAAAGGAAACACCAUCCAGUUGGCGAACGAGGUCAGCUUGCAGGCGCCCCAGCCACCACAAGGACUCGCUAGAGCGCGAUGGGACAAGGACAUCCCGGCCGGCCAAUCCCUCCCCUAACCCGGACGACGCUGGGCCAAUUGUGCACCCCCUCAUGGGUCUCCCAGUCACGGCCGGCUGUGACACAGCCUGGGAUCGAACCCGGGUCUGUAGUGACGCCUCAAGCACAGCGAUUCAGUGCCUUAGACUGCUGCGCCACUCGGGAGGCCCGGCAGCAGCAAUAUUUAAUAAGUUGGACUGCUGCUCCCUCCUCCUCCCUCUCACAAGUCCGGCCAAAUGAAAAGCCUGCUCUGAAUUCUGUUCAGAAUGAGCCGCCAGGGAAACAGGCUCUAUGCUCUGUAGCAGCGGUAGCGAGCCCUCUCACCCCCCACAGAUCCUGACAGAUUGCUGUUUCCCUGGGGAAGCUAUCAAUCCAUAUCCCUCCACCAACCUGCCAGGACUAGAUUUUAGAGUAAGACGUUUUUAACAGGGUUCCUGCUGAUUUUAACUUGCUCCAUUAAUGUGGUCCAACUUUUUUACCACUUUGUCCUGCUGAUAUACAACAACAUGUGAAGUCUAGUAGAACAGAGGGCUUUUUGUCCUUAGAAGUGGUGCAAACCCAACACCUAACUCACUUCAGCUGGGCUUUAAUAUAAAGGGGGAAAGGUGCUCACCUUAACUGAGGCACAUUGAAAUGAAAACCAUUCCUACCCCAGGACACUUCACGUGGUGACCUUCCCAGAAAAUCUUGUUUUGUAAAUGUUUUCACUAAAAUCACCAACAUCAGCAAACCAAACACAGAAUGGCACUGACACAUUUAACACAUUGCAGUGAGCGUUGUCUUUUUGAUUCAUUUAUAGAUUUUCCUUUCUGUUUCCCUGCAGGGCGGUCUGAACUCUGUGGCCUACGUCAGGGUUGACCUGCUGGACAUCAACGACAACAGACCAGUCUUCUACCCUGUGAGCUACGCCGUCAGCCUCAGCUCCCAGAGUGCACCUGGCACCUCUGUCGUCAAGGUUACGGCCCUUGACCCCGACACUGGAGAGAACGGGAGGGUCACGUACCAAACUGUCUCCGGGGGCAACUCCCCCUUCUUCACCCUCAACAAAGACACAGGUGGGAGCUUUUACUGUAGUACACCUUUAACUAUGAACAAAAAGUGUGUGUGUGUGUGUGUGUGUGUCCGUACUCAUGUCUCUGUGUGUGUAUUUUGAGCUGUGUCUGACCUUGACCACUGUGUUUUGUGUCCUUCCUCCACCAGGUGUGAUCUCCCUGUCCCGGUCGCUGCAUGGCAAGGCCAACACGGUGAUCCCCAUGGUGGUUUCAGCCCAGGACGGAGGGGGUCUGGCAGCACUGGUCAACGCCCGGGUCAACAUCAGUGUGGUGGCAGGCCUGGUGGCGCCCCCUGUGUUUGAACACAGUCAGUACAGCUUCACUGUGUCUGAGGACGUACUGCGAGGGACUGAGGUUGGCGUUGUACAGGCCCUCAGUAAGAACGGUGGGUGUGACUUGGAAUUGGAACUUCUGAUUGGUUAACGACUGCUAACAUCUGUUUGAAAACGUGCAUGUGUGUGUGUAUGUACAGUGAGGGAAAAAAGUAUUUGAUCCCCUGCUAAUUUUGUAUGUUUGCCCACUGACAAAGACAUGAUCAGUCUAUAAUUUUAAUGGUAGGUUUAUUUGAACAGUGAGAGACAGAAUAACAACAACAAAAUCCAGAAAAACGCAUGUCAAAAAUGUUAUGAAUUAAUUUGCAUUUUAAUGAGGGAAAUAAGUAUUUGACCCCUCUGCAAAACAUGACUUAGUACUUGGUGGCAAAACCAGACAUUUCUUGUAGUUGGCCACCAGGUUUGCACACAUCUCAGGAGGGAUUUUUUUCCACUCCUCUUUGCAGAUCUUCUCCAAGUCAUUAAGGUUUCGAGGCUGACGUUUGGCAACUCGAACCUUCAGCUCCCUCCACAGAUUUUCUAUGGGAUUAAGGUCUGGAGACUGGCUAGGCCACUCCAGGACCUUAAUGUGCUUCUUCUUGAGCCACUCCUUUGUUGCCUUGGCCGUGUGUUUUGGGUCAUUGUCAUGCUGGAAUACACAUCCACGACUCAUUUUCAAUGCACUAGCUGAGGGAAGGAGGUUCUCACCCAAGAUUUGACGGUACAUGGCCCCGUCCAUCGUCCCUUUGAUGCGGUGAAGUUGUCCUGUCCCCUUAGCAGAAAAACACCCCCAAAGCAUAAUGUUUCCACCUCCAUGUUUGAUGGUGGGGAUGGUGUUCUUGGGGUCAUAGGCAGCAUUCCUCCUCCUCCAAACACGACGAGUUGAGUUGAUGCCAAAGAGCUCGAUUUUGGUCUCAUCUGACCACAACACUUUCAACCAGUUCUCCUCUGAAUCAUUCAGAUGUUCAUUGGCAAACUUCAAACGGCCCUGUAUAUGUGCUUUAUUGAGCAGGGGGACCUUGCGGGCGCUGCAGGAUUUCAGUCCUUCACGGCGUAGUGUGUUACCAAUUGUUUUCUUGGUGACUAUGGUCCCAGCUGCCUUGAGAUCAUUGACAAGAUCCUCCCGUGUAGUUCUGGGAUGAUUCCUCACCGUUCUCAUGAUCAUUGCAACUCCACGAGGUGAGAUCUUGCAUGGAGCCCCAGGCCGAGGGAGAUUGACAGUUAUUUUGUGUUUCUUCCAUUUGCGAAUGAUCGCACCAACUGUUGUCACCUUCUCACCAAGCUGCUUGGCGAUGGUCUUGUAGCCCAUUCAAGCCUUGUGUAGGUCUACAAUCUUGUCCCUGACAUCCUUGGAGAGCUCUUUGGUCUUGGCCAUGGUGGAGAGUUUGGAAUCUGAUUGAUUGAUUGCUUCUGUGGACAGGUGUCUUUUAUACAGGUAACAAACUGAGAUUAGGAGCACUCCCUUUAAGAGUGUGCUCCUAAUCUCAGCUCGUUACCUGUAUAAAAGACACCUGGGAGCCAGAAAUCUUUCUGAUUGAGAGGGGGUCAAAUACUUAUUUCCCUCAUUAAAAUGCCAAUCAAUUUAUAACAUUUUUUACAUGCGUUUUUCUGGAUUUUUUAAAUGUAUUCUGUCUCUCACUGUUCAAAUAAACCUACCAUUAAAAUGAUAGACUGAUCAUGUCUUUGUCAGUGGGCAAACAUACAAAAUCAGCAGGGGAUCAAAUACUUUUUUCCCUCACUGUAUGUAUGUGUUUAUGUAUGUAGGUGUGUGUGUGUGUGUGUGUGUGUGUGUGUGUGUGUGUGUGUGUGUGUGUGGGCAGUAUGUGCUGAAAGGGCUCACUGGGGUGUCUGUGCUCCCUCUGUGCUCCCUGUACCAAUUGUUCAAAUAGGCAGCGAGCCACUGUACACACCUCGUUUAGAAAUCACAUUAAUCACAAAUUCCAUUCCAGCACAUUGUUUUUAUAAUCAUCAGUUUGGAUAUUUAGGGCUCUCUGUCAUAGUGUAAAAUACUUGACAAAUGACUGAGGGGGAGUAUAUUGUAACUGAAGUGGUCUCUGCCUGGUCUGGUCCUGGUCUACUCAUCUGGAGUGGCUCUGGAUCUUGUCACCUCGCUUCAAAACAUACAAAUAAAAUAAAAUCACACACACACACACCCAAUUGCAUCUGUAUUCACACACAUGCACUCACUCACCCACACAGAUAUAAACUCAUACACAUACACACACACACACACACACAUGCACACACACACACACACACACACACACACACACAUACUUUCAUGCUACUGUACACACACAUCACAACUGCUACUACCAGACUCUUGUUAUGAUUGCUAAAUACUGCACAAUUGAAACAUUUGCCCCCCAAAUCCUCCCUUCCCCAAAUCACGUGUAAAUUCUGGACUAUAAAUUGUUCCUUCCUGUAUUAUACUUAUGCUAAAAUGUUUAUUCUAUUCUACUGAGCCAUUUACUUUAUGUUCGUAUUCUUAUCUUGUAUUAUUUCUUAUUGUUGUUGCAUUGUCGAGAAGGAACCUGCAAGUAAGCAUUUCAUUGGACGGUGUAUACCAUGUGUAUCCUGUACAUAAGGGAUAAUAAAACAUGAAACUUGAAACUUCCCCUGUCUGUCCCCAGGCGGCCCCAGUAAGGACAUCAUGUACACCAUCUCCUCUGGAGACCCUGCUGGCUACUUCACUGUGGACCCAGAGAGCGGCGCACUGCGGACAAGCCUUCCCCUGGACCACGAGGCCCAGCCCUCUCUAACCCUGGAUCUCCAGGCUCGUAGCGGCAGCCCCCCUGCCUUCGGUCAGACCCGCGUCCACAUCACCAUCCAGGACAUCAACGACAACGCUCCUGUCUUCCUGCCCUCCUCUUCUGAGUCUCUCCUCCUCCCGGAGAACACAGGGAUGGGGACCGUAGUCUACCGCGUCCAGGCCCAAGACCGGGACUCCGGUAUCAACGGCCAGAUGACCUUUGACCUUUCCUCCACCGCGACCUCAAGCGGAGGUCAAAUAACUUUUUCCAUGGAGCGCAGCACGGGGGAGAUCCGGCUGGUUGGCGGGCUGUCGUACGACGUAACGCCACGCUACGACCUGACGGUGACAGCUAAAGAUGGUGGCGCGCCCCAGCUGAGCUCUACCAUGAUGCUUGUGGUGCACGUCCAAGCGGAGAACCACCACGGUCCCGUGUUCGAUACCCUGACCUACCGCGUGGAGCUGAGGGAGAACACGCCGAUCAGCACAUGCUUCCUACAGGUAUGUUCAGUAGAUUGUUCAACUAACUAUCCCUAACCGUAACCCCAGCAAGUUGUUAUGUAUCAACAGAGUUGCAGUUGAUUGGUUGUUGAUAGUUUGAGUAUCUGUAGAUCAUCUACAGGGGACUAUCCAAAUAAAGUGUAAACCUUUAUCGUCCCCAAGAGGAAAACUGUCUUGGAUACAAUUCUGCUGUAUAUAAGAAAAGGAUAAUGAGGGCAGGUUUCCCAGACCCAGACGACAGUAAUCCUACCCUGGAAUAAAAACAAUUAGAAUUUCCAUUGAAAGACAUUUUGUUGUCCAAAAUAGGCUUCAUCUGUAUCCGGGAAACCGGCCCAAUAUCUGCUACACAUGUAUACUGUUCAUCCACAGGUUGAAAGGGGAACAUUGUCUUGGACACAUUUUGCAGUAUAUAACAAUAGACAUAAUAUCUCACAUAUCAAACAGAACUGUCAGUUCUCUGAUGUUUUGGCUGUAUAUGUAUUUCUGAUUAACUACUUAAUUCAUCCAUCUACAGGUGCGAGCUCUGAGCCGGGACACCACGAGUUCCGGCUCCUCCUCUCCACUGACAUACCACCUGAGACCUGACGGAGACGCAGCAGGGUUUGGCAUCGCAGUAGACAGCGGCUGGCUGUUUGUGAAGAGCGCCCUGGACAGAGAGGUGAAGGAACAUGUGACAGGAAGAUAUAUAACCUGUCCAGACCCGCACACUGAAUGCUCCUGUGAACCACUUUGAUUGACAUCGAUCAUGUAGAUCUUAUUCAUCUUGACAUUAGACUUCUUUAGAGGCCUGAAAACAUCUGACAAACUUCAGGUUUAAAAUGUAAUGUCCCUUUAAUGUGCGUGCAUGACCUUUACCCAGGUGAAGGACAUGUACAUGUUGAUGGUUCUGGCCACGGGGGGCCACGGGCAGCUGAAGAAGACGGGCAGUGCCACGGUGAGGGUGUCGGUGACCGAUGAGAAUGACAACUCACCCCGUCUGACCCAGGAGAGGGCUUUCCUGGCCGUGAGAGAGAACCUUCCAGCGGGGUCAGGGUUCGGACGGGUGUCGGCUACGGACCGCGACAUGGGCCUCAACGGCAGGCUCAGUUACAAACUCCUACACCCAGACAGACACUUCCAGAUCAACUCACACACAGGUAGUUCAAAGACUGGUUAAAGAAUGGAAUAAAAAAUAGAUACGCUGAGUGUACAAAACAUUAAGAACACCUUCCUAAUAUUGAGUUACACCCCCCCUCCCCCCUUUUGACCUCAGAACAGCCUCAAUUCGUCGGGGCAUGGACUCUACAAGGUGUCGAAAGUGUUCCACAGGGAUACUGGCCCAUGUUGACUCCAAUGCUUCCCACUGUUGUGUCAAGUUGGCUGGAUGUCCUUUGGGUGGUGGACUAUUCUUGAUACACACAGGAAUCUGUUGAGCAUGAAAAACCCAGCAGCGUUGCAGUUCUUUAUACAUUCAGAAUAGACACACAACACCACAAUUUACAUGACCAUUCAUCCUCACUCAUUCUCCUACUGCAGAUGCCUGGCCUGUCUGUUCUCUGUGAUAGUAAAUCAGGUUAGCUGCUGUGUUGAGGGUCCUGCUGGGCCCUAAUUGGCCUGCUGUGACUGUGUGUAGCCGCUCGCCAGGGGCUGAUAAUUCUAACCUCCACUGCAGCUGUUCAGGUUACUGCCAUGCCUUUGUGUGUGUGAUAGUGUGUGUCUGAGUGUGUGCGUGCGUGUAUGUGUGUGUGUGUGUGUUUGUGCGUGUGUGUGUGUGUGUGUGUGUGUGUGUGUGUGUGUGUGUUUGUGUGUGAUCAAAGACUACUGGCUCUUUCUUUAAUUUCUCAUCAUUACUCCUCUCCCUCCUAUCUCUCUCACUCUCACUCUCUCUCUCCCUCCUCCCUCCCCGUGUCCUCUCCCUCUAUCCCCCAGGUGAGAUCAGUACCCGUGUAGGUCUGGACAGGGAGCAACAGAGUAGUUACCAGGUGUUGUUGGUGGUUCAGGAUGGUGGUACUCCCCCACGCAGCGCUACAGGGACAGCCUUCAUCACCAUCCUGGAUGAGAAUGACAACACUCCCUCCUUCAGACACAGCCAGCCUGGCAGAGGACUCACCAUGCAGGUAAUACUGAGGCUGCAUCCCAAAUGGCACCCUAUUCCCUAUAUUAUAUGCUACUUUUGACCUGGGCCCUCAGGGCAUGGGAUCUUACAUGAUAUGUUAGUGGUCAACGUUGAGAAAAAAACUAAGUCACCGUUUUACCUUUUGGUUUCUUUCUGUAGGUGACAGAGGGCCAGGUGUCAGGUCUACUGCUGGGGAAAGUACAGGCCAAGGACCCUGAUGAGGGAGAGAACGGCACUGUGUACUACUCCAUGUCAGGUGAGAGAGGGAUGGAAGGAGGGAGAGAGAGAAAGAGGAAGAGAGGGAGGGAGGGAGGGAUUGUGUGUGAGUUAAUGAUUGAAAAGUAAUUUUUUAUAUGCUAUUUUCUGCCGUUGAGCGAUUAUGUGAGGAAUGCAUUGUUUUCUUCUGGCAUUGUUUCCAAAAAUACUCUGUGAAACAAUUUAUAGCUAGACUUCUCGCUCGCUCACUCACUCUCUCUCUCUCUCUCUCUCUCUCUCUCUCUCUUUUUUCUCUCUCUCUCUCUUUUUCUCUCUCUCUCUCUUUUUCUCCCUCUCUCUUUUUCUCCCUCCCUCCCUCCCUCCCUCCUCUACAGGUCCCAGAGCAGAGCGUUUCUCUCUGAACCCUUCUACAGGUGAACUGCGUUCCUCCUCUCCUCUGAGUCACUCUGACAGAGCUGAGUACAGCUUCACUGUGACCGCCACUGACCAAGGCCAGCCAUCUCACAGCGCUACCUGUAUACUACACAUACAGGUGAGAGCCCUACCCCCUAACCCCUAGCCCCUACCUCCUUCCCUCUCGUAGCACUACCUGUACACUACACAUACAGGUGAGAGCCCUGCCUCAGACUGCUAUCUCUUACGUCAUAUACCCUAUCUCCUAUCCCCUACCACAUUCCUUCUCACAGAUCUAGCUGUAUCCUAAUACUAAAGGUCAGAAAACUACUAGAUCAACACCUACCUAUCAAAUAUCCCACAUUAAACUAAAGUACUGGGAGAAGUACUAAGUCAAGCUUGCUGUAGAAGUCUGGCUCCUCACAACAAAGUUGUUCCAAAUAGACAUGUCAGGCUGAGUUCUGACAACCUUCCCUCCUUCCCUUCUCCUCCUAUGUGACUUUUCAAAAGGGGAAUUUUUCUUUGAGUAAGAGAUGGAAAACUAGGUAUGACUCAAGUGCUCCCAUCUGGCCCAUGAUGAUCACCAGCUGUGGUUCCUCUGAUCAAGAGUAUACUGAAUGACUUCAACACUUUUAAUACAGUAGCCCCGCUUCAAUACGACACCACCUGGGAUAGACACCCACAUAAAAUACACAAUUCAAGUUAAUUUAAUUAAUAUUUGAUAUACAACUAAAUAAUGACCAGCCAGGCCAGCACAAUGGAAGGAACUCUGUAGCUGUAAAUCCAUGUGCGUCCCAAAUGACACCCUAUUCCCUAUAUGGUGCACUUAUUUUGACCAGUGCCCUAUGUAGGGAAUAGGGUGCCAUUUGGAACGCAGGCCCAGAAUCUUUAAGGUUCCAGGAAAAUAGAAGGGCCUUGUAAUGGCUGCAGUAAAACAGCUUCUCUGGGUUACUAUUUUCGUAAAUGUUUUCCUUCACUCAUUUCUCCUGUUCUUUUGACGUAAGGAAUGUGAGUAAUAAUUAGUGUGUAAUAGGAUUAAACAGGGCUGUGUUGUUCUUGUCUGUUGACGCGUUUCUAUCACGUCAUCAUUUCAGACCCUCGCACCGUCCAAGACAAGUACAGCAGUAGGGACAGGAUAUGAUCUCACUAAUUUUAACGCUUGUUGACGUUCGAUUUGCUGUCUAAUGUGGAGUUAAUUCACAGAUUGUCAUAUUAUGUUUCAUAAAGAGCAAUGGGUUGUUAGUGACUGCCAACAUAGUGGUGCUGUAUAGUGUAACUGUGGUUUAUCAAGGUAUUGUAGGCUGUAAUGAAUUAAGCAUUAACAAGGAUUUGUUGAGGAGGAAAAUUGAUAAGCGCACAAAACAAUUUUCCUUCCUCUUCCUCUCUCUUCCUCUCUCUCUCUCUCUCUCUCUCUCUCUCUCUCGCUCAGAUAUUUAAACCCUGUGACUCCAUCCCCUGCUUAGAGCUGAAUUGAAAAACAGGCUUAUUAGAACAAUGUGUCAUAUGUGUAACUUCUGGUGCCUGUUUCCAUACAAAGGGAGCGAUGCGUCAAAGCUGCGGUCUUUCAUGUUCUUCUGAUUGGUCAUCAAGGGAGGUGUAAAAACUCAGUACUGUAGACGACCGAGCCCAGCCCACUGCAGCGAGAUCUGAAAGCUCACUACAAUUUCCUUUUCUGAUUAUUAUUACUUUUAUCCCUUAUUAUUUUUCCUGGCAGUCACAUGCCUAUCUGUUUAAACGUGAUUAGCGCUAGCAGGCACGUUGUUGGAGUUUGUAAAAAACUCUUAAAACGUUCAGUUUAUUUGAUUCCUAAUGAGGAAAUAGAGUUGGAGGGUUGAAAUCUGUUUCUGGUUCACAGCGUCCCAUUGAAUAUUUUGAUUCUUUAGCGUUGUAUUGGAAAAUGUAGCUCCAACUGCCACCAGGCAUGUAUAAUGGUCAUUAUUAGGCACAUACAGUGCAUUCAGAAAGUAUUCAGACCCCUUGAAUCUUUCCACAUUUUGUUAUGUUACAGCCUUAUUCAAAAAUAGAUUACAUUUUUUUAUCCUCAGCGAUUUACACACAAUACCCCAUAAUGACAAAGCGAAAACAGGUUUUUAGAAAUGUUCAUACAAAAAACAAAACAAAAUGAUUACCUUGUUUAUAUAAGUAUUCAGAGCUCAGGUGCGUCCUGUUUCCAUUGAUCAUCCUUGAGAUGUUUCUACAACUUGAUUGGAGUCCACCUGUGGUAAAUUCAAUUGAUUGUAUAUGAUUUGGAAAGGCACACACCUGUCUGUAUAAGGUCCCACAGUUGACAGUGCAUGUCAGAGCAAAAACCAAGCCAUGAGGUCCAAGGAAUUGUCCGUAGAGCUCAGAGACAGGAUUGUGUCGAGGCACAGAUCUGGGGAAGGGUACCAAAACAUUUCUGCAGCAUUGAAGGUCCCCAAGCACACAGUGGCCUCCAUCAUUCUUAAAUGGAAGAAGUUUGGAACCACCAAGACUCUUCCUAGAGCUGGCCGCCUGGCCAAACGGAGCAAUCGGGGGAGAAGGGCCUUGGUCAGGGAGGUGACCAAGAACCCGAUGGUCACUCUGACAGAGCUUUAGAGUUCCUCUGUGAAGAUGGGAGAACCUUCCAGAAGGACAACCAUCUCUGCAGCGCUCCACCAAUCAGGCCUUUAUGGUAGAGUGGCUAGACGGAAGCCACUCCUCAGUAAAAGGCACAUGACAGCCCGCUUGGAGUUUGCCAAAAGGCACCUAAAGGACUCUCAGACCAUGAGAAACAAGAUUCUCUGGUCUGAUGAAACCGAGAUUGAACUCUUUGGCCUGAAUGCCAGCACGUCUGGAGGACACCUGGUACCAUCCCUACGGUGAAGCAUGGUGGUGGCAGCAUCAUGCUGUGGGGAUGUUUUUCAGUGGCAGGGACUGGGAGACUAGUCAGGAUGGAGGGAAAGAUGAACGGAGCAAAGUACAGAGAGAUCCUUGAUGAAAACCUGCUCCAGAGUGCUUAGGACCUCAGACUGGGGCGAAUGUUCACCUUUCAACAGGACAAUGACCGUAAGCACACAGCCAAGAUAACGCAGGAGUGGCAUUGGGACAAGUCUCUGAAUGUCCUUGAGUGGCCCAGCCAGAGCCCGGACUUGAACCUGAUCGAACAUCUCUGGAGAGACCUGAAAAUAGCUAUGCAGCGUCGCUCCCCAUCCAACCUGACAGAGCUUGAGAGGAUCUGCAGAGAAGAAUGGGAGAAACUCCCAAAAUACAAGUGUGCCAAGCUUGUAGCGUCAUACCUAAGAAGAAUCAAGGCUGUAAUGGCUUCCAAAGGUGCUUCAACAACAUUCUGAGUAAAGGGUCUGAAUACAUAUGUAAAUGUGAAUUUUCCAUUUAUUUUGUAUUUUAUUUUGCAACAUUUCUAAAAACCUGUUUUUGCUUUGUCAUUAUGGGUUAUUGUGUGUAGAUUGAUGUGGGGGGGAAAAACGAUUUAAUCCAUUUUAGAAUAAGGCUGCAACGUAACAAAAUGUGGAAAAAGUGAAGGGGUCUGAAUACUUUCCGAAUGCACUGUAGUGUGAGUCUGCUGAGUGUUGAUGUUCAGCUAUCUUGCUAAAUGGAUUAUCAUUAACUGUCAGGAUAUUCAUAAUAGCUAAUAAUGUCCCUCAACAGUUAAUAGAUUGUUUGAAGAUCCCAGUUAUAAGAAACAUUGAUUAGCUAGCUACUAAUUUCGUCCUCCAGCCGGCUCACGCAAUUGUGCCUGGUGAUGAAGUUAGCUAGCUACAAAACUUUAACACCAAUAUAUUGAUGAUAUACAGUAUGCUUACCAUAUCCCUAUCUGUCUGUCCAUAGGUCCUGAGUGGUGUAUUGAGGAUAUAUGCUUACCAAAUCCCUAUCUGUCUGUCCACAGGUCCUGAGUGCGAGCAGAGCUCCUUCCAAAGCCAACUCCCUCUCCAUAUCCUUCAACUCCGUCGAGGAGGCCAAACCGGGCUCUGUGAUUGGCUCUGUGAGGUCACAUGAUGGCUUCGAGCUCCCUGAGGCUGGUCAAGUGACCUACACGGUGGUGGGCGGGUCAGACCGAGACGGAACGUUCAUGGUGGACCGUCAGACAGGUGACGUGUACCUGGCGAGGGAGCUGGACUACGAGCGCUCCGCCCGCUACACACUACAGAUAGAGGUGGACGACUUCUCCACGACGUUACCCAGUAGCCACCUGUUGCAGCUGGACAUCGAGGUGGAGGACAGCAACGACCACGCGCCCCGCUUUCCCGGAGGACCCCGUUACAGUGGUGAUACCUGA